UUAGGUUUAAUCACGAAUUGAAUCCCGUUGCCUCGAAUUUCAUUCGUUGAUAAUUAAAUCUUUCACGAAGUCGGCUGGCGAUUACAGAGCCGUUUGCAAAAAGCGCCCAAAAACCCGAAGACGCCACGAAACAACCCCUCCACAAUCACGUCUUCCCAAACCGCCCUGCCAUUGUCGAACUCCUUUGCUUCCCUUUGACCACUCGUCGUCCUUCGCUUCUCGCCGUACCUGGUACAGUACUUUUCAUCGUCAACACUAGCAAUGCCGUCUAAGAGCCUCAAGCUGAAGGUCGCCAAGGCGAAAGCCACCUUUGAAAUGUCAAACGAUCAAAAGGAGAAGAAGAAAGCGGCCGAUUGGCUCCGGGAGCACCGUCUAAUGGACGACAAGGGGGCGUUCUUUUUACGAAGCUCGUCUGUUCGGGCCAAGCCACCCAAAAAUCAAAAGGCGCCGCCUGCCGAGCGACGCGAAGUGCAGUUCGAGCGCGAAGAGGCCUGUUCGCCAGUUCGAGAUGCCUCAUUGAAGAAGAAACCCGUUCGCGCCGCUACACCCUUUCACAAACCUCGCGCUUUACCGCUUGAAGAAGAUGAAGAGAAUGACGAGAUCGAACCCGUCGACGAGGCAUUGGCAGCUGAAGAAGAAACUUCCGAGGUCGAAGAGACCCGCGAGCCCAAUGAAUUCGGGAACGUGGACGACGAUGACGAGCCAGAGUCUCAAUGCUUCGAUGGACGCGACGUGGUGAUUGCUAUCCUUGUUGGGUUGAUUGGAUUGUUGGUCGAGAAGUACGUAUUCGACAAGUCCGGAUAAAGCGAAUCGUAUGUCAGUAUUGUUGGUAAAUGCAAGUCACCGAUGCUUGCCGACAGACACCAUUGAGCUGUCGGUCGGUACGAGUGGAAAAUGAAGGUUGCGUUGCGACCUACCGGACGAAGAGAGUGAGAGGCACUUUCCGAAACCGAAUGAAAAAGAAGUUAGAAGACUCCAGGCAACGAUGAGCCAUUGCAGCAAGAGAGUGAGUAAAAAGAAAAGCACUACCUACCGUAGAAGAAGAAUAUGUUAGCAUGAAACCAGAAUUGGCUCUUUUGUACCGUA